UUGUGAUAUGGUAUUAGUGUGAUGUGAUUUUAUCCAAGGUUUUAUUAUAUUUACCUAUUCUAGUGAAGUCCUUGUCCGAGGCCUUUUUGUGCAUCCAUCUUGUAGUGUCUUUGUCAUUUCGGCUAUCUGGAAACAUUGAGAUAUCGAUGUGAAAAACCUUCCAAGUUGUUAGAGGACAUAUAGAACAGUAAAAUGCCGCACGCCAUAGUUCAGACCACUGAUGCAAGAGGAAAUGGCGAGUUAUAUAUAGUCCCAGAGGGCUGGAUACAGGAAACAAACCGAGGCAAAUCAUAUCAUCUUUGGCCAAAAACAAACGCCAUCUUCAACAAAUGGUUAGCGAUGGGAAUUGCACAGGCAAUCCCAACCAGUGUUGUAAACUGUUGACAUUUUUUUGACGUUCGCAGUAGGCUACUGGUCAAAAUCAUUUUUCGUACAUCACAUCCACUGUUGCCAUGACACGACUGUUGAAGAACGACAUUCAUUUCUUUAGUUACCGUCAGUGUCUUUGCGAUGACAUGACUGUAAAAAAAUGUAGUUUGAAUCUCAAUUGACAUUCAUCUUGUGAAUCCAGAACUGCCUGGUGCCUUUAAGGAUCGUAGGUGACUGAAAAAUUAAAUAUUUUAACUUGGCCAGUGCGAAAAUCAGUGUCUUCUUGCUGGUGUACACGAAUUUAAAAGAAAAAAUGUUACAAAGGAGAAGGCGAUGUAGUGCACUCGAAAAUGAAAGUCAAAUGAAUGUCGUCAAAAAAUGUCGUCGAAGCAAACGACAUUUUUUGACAUGACUGUAGAAUGAAAGAGUGAAAACUGAAUUCGAAGCUUCAAAUCGUGUCAAAGUAGGCAAUUUCAUGUCAAAGAACGUCACCACUAACAACACUGAUCCCAACUGGAAGAAGAUUAAGUACAUCGUGAAAAAAGAACAUAGGUACGAUAGAACAUGCGGAGCAACUGGUAACUGCUAUGAGUGACGAAAAUAACUCUGAUUUUAGCAUAUCAUCCGCACAUACAUUAGAUGGUAUAAAAAGAGCUAACUUUGAAAUCUUAAUGGUUAUAGAUUAUGUUAAAAAUGAAACUACAGAAGCUGUUGAAGGAAAUCGAUGGUCUGAAUAUUCUAUAGAAUAGCUUCAUAAAGAUUCUAUAAAAGAAAAUCAAUCUGCCAAAUACUCUUCAGAAGAAUGGCUUCAUGAAAAUGACGCAAAUGAUGAAUGUGAUACGAUAAAUGACUCGGUAGCAACAGUGUGCUCAAACCAUGGCUAUCCAAUGUUUGCAGAUAUGAACGAUGCUAAUGUACAAUACCCCCAUUCAUAUAUCCCCUGUGAUCCAAAUUGUUGCAGUCAGCCGAGACUGCAGCCUCUUCGCACACUCGAUGCUUUCCGGGAAUUGACGGCAUUCGAUGUGUAGCGAAUAUAGUCGUCUCUCUCACUCUCUCUCGUGCAUGAUCCAUUACGAUCGGGGAUCUUGCGAUGUAACGGACACUCGGGAUUUUAUCUGCACCAGCAAUAGACGUGGCUAGCGCGCGUGGCACCCUAUUACCUUACUUUUAUAUGUUGAUCGUUUUAUAUAUAUGUUUUGUUAAAGUAAAGUUAAGUCAACAACAACAUAAAAGUGGCGAGGAGUUUAAGUGGAAACGGUCAACGACAAGUAGGGAAACGCCGCAGAAUGUCCAGUUCAAAAGAGACGCCAAUCAUCGAGGAGCAACGUCGUCUCUCACAAAAUGGGGUCCUGAACACAGGAUUCAUUCACCCUCAGCCACCGCAGCACACGCCAUCGGAUUCAUCGUCGCUGCAGCAAACGCUGCAGCUUUUACAACAGCAAUUGGCCCAACAGCAGCAGCAAAUGGCACAGCAACAGCAACUGUUAUCACAGCUCGUGCAACAACAACAGCAGCAGCAGCAGCCACCGACCCCCGAUCUGCAAUUUGUGCCAAAACCGAGCAACCCAGAGUUGAUACUGGAAGCCCUUGCCGGUAAUAUUAGUGAGUUCCGGUACGAUCCAGAAGCGGGAGUAACCUUUGAAUCAUGGUACACGCGGUAUGUAGAUUAGUUUAGUGAGGAUGCUUCUCGCUUGGAUGACGCCGCCAAGGUUCGAGUCCUGGGACGUAAGCUUGGAACCGCUGAACACGCCCGGUUUAGUAAUUUCAUUUUGCCACGUGCACCGCGAGAUUUCAGCUUCAACGAAAUGGUGGAAAAGCUUACCAUCCUGUUCGGCAAAAUGGAGUCGGUGCUAAGCAAACGCUUCAAGUGUCUUAAUAUUUCCAAAACGCGCACCGAGGAUCUGCUAGCAUUUACCUGUCGAGUUAAUAAAGCGUGCGUCGAUGCGGAAUUUUCUUCGAUGACGGAGGAAGAUUUUAAGUGCCUCAUCCUCGUAUGCGGAUCAAAGGACGAAAGCGUACAGGACAUAAGAAUGAAAUUGUUAGCCGCCAUUGAAGACAGGAAAAACGCCACCCUAGAGCAGCUAGCAGCAGAUUGCCAACGCUUAGUGCGUGUGAAAGCUGAUAGCGCUAUGAUCAAGGCAGGCAAUGCAAGCCAGAAACAACCGCCAGUGGCAACGAAACACCAACAACGAGCGCUACCCCAAACCAGCACCCCGAAACGAAGCCUCCAAACCCCGCACCCCGUGAUGGCUUUGUGGUGCUCUGCAUUGGACCCGUGACUGCACCUACAGAACCAACAAGUGCCGAGAUUGUGGACGUACUGGUCAUCGAGAGGGUUUCUGCAACUCGUCACAACGGCGCAAAGGACGACCGCGAUUUGAUCAUCGCCGUGCAGUGUCAUCGCGAGUAGUACGUGUCAACGUGUGCAGCGUGCAGCAGAAGCGGAAAUUUGUCAGCACUAGUUAAAAUGGCCCGGUUACAGGGCUACGCAACGUUUAUUGGGACAUAUACGUCUUAUCAACGAUAUAAGAAUUGCACUUCAAAUAAUCAUUUUGUUUUUGAAUCCUUUGUAAAAGAUUUUUUUGUGUGCUAAUAUUAUUUAUUACAAACAUUGCAGUGUAUAUGAUUAUGAUUUCAUAAUUUUCUUUAAUUCAAUAUACUACAAAUUGAAUUGUGGAUGGUGCACCGGCUGGAUUAAAUAUUUUUUAUCAAAAUUAACACUGUUUGCGAUAAAUUUACUUUACCUUUCGGGUCAUAUGUUCCAGGUAACAUCAAGUCCCGUGGUAUCUUGGCAUACGCCUUAUCGAAUCCCGGGAAUGUCGUAUGCCGUACGUCGUAUGACUCACGUUGAUGCAGAGCAGAAAAUUCGUUUUUUAAUCGGUUCACGUAUAUGUAACUAAUAUGUAAUCCAGCACAUCGAUAGCAUAAAAGUGCUCAUCGUCCACCAAUGAAAAUAUUUCGGCAACGGAUAAGGCGCAUUGUAGCAGGUCUGGUCCUAUCUGCAUAAAGUCGAAUAACUGCGGCAUACAGGAAAC